CCCAAUAAUCCCCUUCGCUGGAGAGCUUGAAGUCUGACCAUUUGGAUCCUCCGGUUUUCUUCUCUUCUUCUCUUCCACUUUUACCUACGCAUUCUCUAUUUUGAUUGAUCUAUCUCAUUUUCAAUUCCCUUUUUUUCUAUUCUCCACCUCUUUUUUUCUUCUUUUUCCCUUAUUUUCCUUCGUCUUUGGUUUUUUAUUUGUUCCCCCUCUCUCUCGAUACCCGUUUGGUCGUUGAAUUGAAUCAUUUUCCCAACCCCAUUCCGGUACCAAGACAGAAACGCCCUUGUCCGCCCACACCACCUUCGCGCGCUCAUUCCUCUACUCUCAUCCCUGUCGAGAACGGCGAUCUCGCCCUUGACACCAUACUCUCCCUCCCUCCCUGUCCACUUUCUCCUCAUUUCGCUUCCCUCUUUCCUCUCCCACCGAUCCGUUUUUCCGCCAUUCUCCUCCUUCGGACGUCCUUCCUCUCUUUCCCCUCGACUCGCUCAAGGGGUUAGAGAUUCGACCUGCCGCCCUUGCUAUGCACAAGAUUUCCAACUUCACGGGUCAAGCCCGCCAUGGCUGGGAGCGAAUGACGCCCACUUUUGGCAUGUCCAGGCCUCAUACCGAUAUGGCAUCGCACUCGCUACGUCGACCUCAUGGCGCACCACCCAUGACACCGCCAACAGGUGUCGAUCCGACCGUCAAUCUCUCCUUCAACGUACCGUUUUCUUCGACCUUGGCCGGCCCCGAUGUGGAUGAUGUCCUCCAUGCGAGCCCCGGUGCUCUCCAGCGCUGGACUUUUCCCGAAGGCACCCUCGAAGGUACGCCUAUCCACAGCCUACCCGUCCACACCAGCAAUGUCGAAGCCCUACGGAGAUUAUGCCGCCAAAUCACCGAGAGCAGUAACGGGAGGAUCGAGGCAAUGGUAUUCACGUCGGAGCCCAAGACCAUAGCGUCCCUACAACGGCGGCCCCAAGGUUUGGUGACAAACGUCUGUAUCACGGGUGAGGGCGAGACCGUACGCAAAAUGCGGGCCCGGAUUCUGAAUGAGACACCUAUCUUGUUGCGAUGUGCGACCGUUGAUGUGGAUAUGCAUCUCAUCAUGGAUGGGUCCACGAAAGGUAUCCGGCCGAGCGUGCUAGAGCACCUUGAUACCUUAGCCGCAUACACUGGAACGGACAUCUUUUUGUUGAGCCCAAAACUUCGCGAUACGGAUAGCGCCGUGGUGUCCUCGUAUGGUUACGCCUCGGACAAUGGGCUGGAUCAACGCUUUCGGGUUUCCAUCUACGGUGACAUGGAGAGUGCAGAACAUGCCAAGACCAGAGUGUUAAUCAUGAUCGAUCAGAUCCUUAAACGUCACGUGGACGCUAUGAAAUUAGAGUUAACCAUGCACACCUUGGUCUGUGGCCGCACUCGCAAGAACAUCAAGCUCAUCGAGGCUGCUACGGGUACUGCCAUUUACUUCCCGCCACCGUUCCCACGCAUUUUCGGGUACACACCGCCAGGCGCUCACCGUCGCAGUGAAGAUGAAGUUUAUAUCACCGGUGAUACCCAAGAACAGAUUGCUCGGGCUAAGCAGAAAUUAAGGGAGCUUGUGAUGGGGGUCAAGAUUUACGUGAAGGAUGUCAUUGUCAAUUCCAACAAGAUCGACAACAUUCUCCUGGACCGCUUGGACAAAGUUCGAAAGGUGAUGGAGAUGAAUGGCUCUUACGUUCUCUUUCCCCAGCUUGGCAGUCAACGGGGUCUUGUCCGCAUUCAAGGUUCGGAGGUGCUACAUGUCGAGCGCACCGUCCGGGAGAUAAUGGCGUUGGCUGGUCAGUUUUACAGUGCCUCGUGGUGGAUCAUCAUGCCGGACCCUUCUCAAGGGGCCUUCCGCGCCCCCUCAGCCGCCGACGUUCGCACCAUGCUGUCCGAUAUCUGUACAAAUUCGGCAGCGGAAGUGAGCUUCGACAAUCUAACCUUCACUAUCAAUGGAUCCGAUGACGCCGUGAAGGCUGCCAUGAUGGUCGUCAACCAGAUCCCGUUUGUACAGCGAAGCCAAUACCAGAUGCGUGUGAAGAUUGAACUAGCAAAUGAGCACAAAGAGUUCGUCAGCGGCAAAAAGAACGGCAAAAUCAACAAGAUUAUGGGACAGAGCAAUGUGCAAAUCAUCUUCGAUGGCUUCAACGAGUACAACUUCUAUAUUGAUGUGUGUGGAAAUCAGUAUGAGUCUACGAAGAACGGUCUCGAUCUAGUCGAGCAGGAAAUGCCUGCUUCGAUCUCGUUCCACGUGCCUGAUCAAUACCACAAGCGAAUCAUCGGAAUCGGAGGCCAACACAUACAGCGCAUCAUGAAGAAAUACUCGGUCUUCGUCAAGUUCUCCAACGCCAUGGAUCGGGGUGGGAUGGGUAAAGAGGAUGACGACAUCAAGGUCGACAAUGUCAUCUGCCGCACGCCUGCCCGUAAUGCGCAGAGCCUGGACCUCGUCAAACAGGAGAUCAUGGACAUGGUCGAGAAGGUCGAUGCCGAAUACGUCUCCGAGCGUGUUGUGAUCAACCGACUCUACCACCGUGAACUCCUUGCUCGCAUCACGGAAAUCGAUGAACUCGAGAAGAAAUGGAACUGCAAGAUCGAGUUCCCGAGCACCGAACUGGCCAGUGAUGUGGUGACCAUCUCGGGACCUGAAUACCAGGUCCCGCAGGCUGUUGAUGCCUUACUGGGAAUGGUCCCCGAGAGCCAUGAACUCCUUUUCCAGAGCUCUUUUGAACUGCGCGAGUACUUCAAAUCCGUCGAGUUCCGCAGCGACGUUUGCGCCAAGCUGAAGGAGCAAUAUGAGGUCGAUACUACGAUCGAGCUCAGUGCGGACUUCCCCUCGUCCGAUUCAGGUUCCGGUUCAGGCUCGCCAACUUUGCCUCCUGAGGACCGUGUUCUACUCGGGUAUACGCGGAACAACGCUGGCGGUCUCAAGGAUGCGAUCGAUUUUCUGAUCUCGCGUUUGGUGGCACAUGGGCUUGAUGCGAACACGGUCAAGGGAGCUAUUCCUCGUCCCAAGUCUGACUCAUUUGAAGAAUCACUUCCGUUCUUCGACUCGAAGCUUUUGCAGCAUGCACCCGCUCCUAUUAUUACAGACUCUCCCACCCGACCCAACUUUUCUGACGAGACCAGCGAGCGUGGUUCAAUCUUCGAAAGACUGCGCAAGCCUGGCAGCAUCUCGUCCUUCUCGUCGUUCAUCGGCCGCAAGAACCACUCUGCCUCUCCCGGCUCGUUCUUCAAACACGCCUCCAGCAACGCCUCCAAGGCCUCGCUGGUCUCCAUGGAAUCGCGUGAUAGUGGCUACCGCAACCCAUGGAAUGAUUCGGGUGUGAAUCUUCCCGAGGAUGAUCUGCCAGUCCUGGGGAGCUCCCACAGCCACAGCAGCAGCAAUGGCUGGCCAGCGCGCUUUGACACAAAAUUUCCAUUCGGUACCGCGCCAGGGGACAUGACCCCAAAGCAUGACCCCCGCGCGUCUUUUGAUAGUGGUCGUCCUAGUACUUCCAAUUCUACUUCUGGAUACCCGGCCCCUAUUGGGCCACCGCGUUAAAACAAUGUCAAUUUGCAGCACUAUACCCCAAGACUUUUUUUCUCUUUUAGGUUUGCAGUCAGCGUUUGUUUUGUUUUUGUUUUUGU